AUAAAUAAUGGAGGAUAUUGAAGAACUAGCAGAAAGUAAAGACUAUGAAAACUACAAAAGUGUUGAUACAGCAUUGAGCUUAAUCGGUCAAUGUUUAGAACCAUAUACUGUGCAAAUACUUCAAUCUGUUCAUGAUAAAAUCAAACAGAAACUUGCAGGUUAUCAUCAAUGUAACCAGCGAUGCAGUGAACAUUACCAUUACCACAGAUGGUGUCCAACAUGUUCUGCGUGGAGGACAGAACUAACCAAAUUCUUACAGAAUCCUGGAGCUAAGAUUAAAUGGCGGAACAUGAAGAGUUGGAGUUGGCCAAUAGAUGUCCAAAAUAUCUCAGAAGUGUUUCUACCAAUUUCAUGGAAAAAUAAUGCAAUUCAUCUGAAGGAUAUAUCAACAGCUUUAAGCAUUUGGACAAACUGCUCCGAGUUUCCACUUUCUAUUGUGCUUGACAUCAACCCUAUUAAAGAACUAAGAAACGACUUUGCUCAUAAACACAAAUCAAGCCAAAAGAUUGGAGCUGUAGAAACUGAAAACAUAUUCAUAACAAUGUUUGACACAUUGAAGGUUCCAGACAUUAAAGCAGUCAUUCCUAUGUACACUCAAUUAAAACAAAGUCUAAAGAAGCUGCGAAGGCAUGGAAUGAAAUCUAAGGAAUUUAUUGAAGCAGUUAGUAUAAUGAAAGGGUUAUUGAAGGAAAAAGAUUAUGAAAAAGAUAUGAAUUCAAUAAAGAAAGACAUGAGUCAAAUUCGCGAAUACAUGAAAUUGAUACUGGUUGUAAUUCUAAGCAUAAUUGUAAUAUUUCUGGCUGCCAUGGUUUACCCAUAUAAAGAACGCUUCCAUUCAAUCAUCCAUGCAGGCGAACCAGUACGGCUUUACAGAGCAACAAAUAAAGGUUGUCUAUCAGAUCAGCCAUACCCCUUGUUUCCCGAGGCGAUUCGGAUGCAUGGGUACAUUUCAAAACAUUCAAACUUUGUUGGUCGUGAAUGGUUAUUUGAACGCCUUGAACGUAGAAUAGAAAUUAAUAAAACUAUUAAAGGUGUAUUAAUAAUAGCUGACAUGGGCUUUUCAGACGUUCUGCGUGAGCAUGAAAAGAUUUGUAUAGAUCUUUUUCGCCCGGAUAAAUGUGAGGAAGAUCCUAUUGGAUGUAUGAAUCAUUGUUUGAUAUCCCCUUUGAUGAGUUUACGUGCUGAACAUAACGCUUCCUUUUUGAUUUUGGUCGACGCUUUGGAUGAAUGUGAUGAAAACCACCAUGAUGGUGGCAUCGCUUACUUGUUGAAAUCAAAGAUGCAUUUAUUUCCAAGCUGGAUACAUUUCAUACUGACUUGUAGGAAAACAUCAUAUUGUUCUCAACUGACCAAUCAAAUGUAUACUUUGAGUCUUAAUUCCAAUGAUUCAGAAAAUCAAAAUGAUUUGAAAAUGUAUUUUAGCACUCACAAAACUUCAAAUGUUCGAGAAAACUUUCCAAAUUUUCUUCUUGCGACGUUUCCUGUUGAUAUGCCGACAAAAGAUUAUCUCUCAUUGGAUAUAUUCUAUGAAGAACAGUUUAGAAGACAUUUUGGCGAUGGCUUCGAGAGUGUUAGAGAGAUAUUAGAGAUAUUAUGCGCAUCCUUCGAAGCUUUAGAAGAACGUGAAUUACAAAAAAUGAUUUCUCAUUUCAAUUCAUACAAAACCAGCAGUUAUGAAGGCUUGCUUUAUAAUUUAUCAGAAUUUAUACAUACAAUCAAAGGAGAAAUUCAUCUCUGGCAUUCAUCUUUAAAACGUUGGUUGAUAAAUACAAAAUCGAGGUUUAAAAUAGAUGUCGCAAAGGGUCAUCAUUAUAUUGCCAGCUACAUUUUAAGACAAAAAGAAAUAGAAGGGGAUAUGAUAGAUUUAGUUAAUUUGGUACUUCAUGCAGCUCUUGCAGAACAAUUCAGUACAGACUGCCUUAACACGUUUGAUGUAAUGAAAAUCAAUGAAGAUGUAACAAAACAUAACUAUCCUUUGCACCGCCUUGCCCGCCGUUUUGACAACUUUCUAGCAACAAAGCAUCUUAUAAAGCACUUUCCAAACUUAGAGCAAAGAGACAGCUUAAAUGUUACACCGAUAUUUGUGGCUGCUACACAUGGCAAUCUAAAUACACUAAGGGCACUAGUUCAAGCCAAAUCCAAUACAAAUUUUAGGACACACUCAUAUAUGCAUGUUAUACACCUUGACCUAGCUAUAAAAAUAUCAUUGGAAACACAUCACUGGGAUUACGGUAUAUUAGACAUAUCAGCGCAAAACGGGCAUCUGGCAGUGGUAAAGUAUAUUGUCGAGAAUUUGAAUUAUAAUUUGAUAAAAAUGAAUGGUAUGAACCUGCUGCCAAUUCAUUUGUCUUGCAAGUAUGGUCAUGUUGGAAUCGUCAAGUACCUGUAUACGAAACAUAAUUGGACGAUAGAUACAUUGUGCCUUUACUUUGCAUCUGAGAACGGACAUGUUGAACUAGUUUCUUAUCUUUUAGAGAUUGGUAUCGAAGAUAAAUGUAAACCAUGUAAAACAUAUCUUCAUUUCAUCCCAAGAGGAAAAUCUCGAAUUCAAGGCACCGCGAUCAUUUCAACUUCUGAUGAAGAGUAUCGACACAAAUACGUUUUAUAUGAUGACUGGAAUCAGAUCGCGUGUGAAACAGCGCUGCAUGUAGCAGUUCGGAAUAAUCACUUUCAUGUCGUAAAAUUACUUAUGAAAGACAAGUUUUCUAAGAAUACUUCACUAUGUUUUGAUAGGGGUGGAAGGACACCGCUUAUGUCAGCGCUGCAAUACAACCGUUCUGAUAUUGCAAAAGUAAUAUUUGAAAAUAUGAAUGUAAAUUUAAGUUCAAAAAGUAGAAAACCAAUACAUGUAAAAGAUAUUACACAAUUAAGCGGUGUGGAAAGAAAGGAAUUAAACACUUACUAUAUUUGUGAUAGAUGUACAAUAAUACAUGUAGCUGCAUACUUUGACCGAUCGUGGUUUGUUAAAUAUUUAAUCGAUCAUCACACAGAACUACCUGAUGUUAAGGAUAAUGCAGGAUGUCAUCCAGCUCAUGUGGCCGCCUGUGUCGGAAGCACAAGUUUUUUAAAUCGUUUGCUCGAAGUUAAUUCAAGCCAAACAUUACAGCAAAAAUGUGAUAAUGGUUCAACACCCCUCGAAUCAGCUGCCUCUUGCAAUUCAAUUGAAACUUUUAAUAUUCUUAUGAAAUCAACAAAACAAAAACAUGCACUUUUAAACAAGGAGAUGAGACAAUCUAUCAUAUUUAAAGCUUUAAAUGGAACUCGGCAUGAUUUGCAGUUUGCAAAUACGCAAAUAAAUGAAAGCACUCCAAUAAAUGAAAGCUUUGCAUUACAAAUUUUAGAUGCAAUUGAAUUUUCCGAAAGUGAUCUUGAUUCUAAGAACAUGCUUCAUCAGAACAUAUUGCAUAUUGCCAUGGAGAGUGGACAAAUUGCUGUUAUAAACAGAUUGUUCUCUAAUUAUCUAGACAGGUCAAAGCAUCUUAUUACAGAGAAAGACAGGAAUCAAAGAACCCCGAUCGAUCUAGCUAUUGAACGAGUACUUUUCACAGAAAACGUUACUUUCCUAAAACAUUAUAGUUCUAUUGAAAAUAGUUUGACUCCUGUUGACUAUGUAAUAUCCUUAUCUCUGGACUUUAUAGAAAAACAUAAGCUUUUUACAUACGAGUAUAUAAAACAACUUCUCCUUAAACUUUUGAAAAAGAACUGCAGUUUAGUAGUAAACAAAUAUUUACGAACUGAUAAAAGAUUUCACGGCGACAAUGACUUUGUAAAAGAUGUUCUUCAACAGGAUUCAAGUACAUUUGUGUCAUCUUACAUACUUAUGCUGUGGUAUUCUUAUAGAAUCGAGAAGCGUACGGACAUUUCCAUGUGUAUUAACAAUUGCCAGAAAGUAACGCAGCAAUGUCACAUGCAUACCGUUGCACUAAAAUAUGGGGAAAUAAUUAAUAUAUAUAAAGAAAUAACAAACGCUGACCUUUCAAAAAAUAUUGAAAACAUAAUUAUGAUGGAUUUUAGAUUAAAUGCUCUUUAUCCAGAUAUGCUCAGUACAUGUAAUGACGAAGAAGGCUAUAAUGUUCUAGAAAGGUCAAUUCAAGGAAGAAGUGUCGAGCUGGUCAAAUUCUUGCUGGGUAUUGGUGUUAAAAGUUAUAAAAGAAACGUUACAGAUUUAAUCAAAUUAGCAAUAUAUACGAAUAAAGCAGAUAGAGGUGUAUUGGUCCUUUCGUAUCCGAUUGAUACAAAUACAUCGCUCAUUAAAGUAAUUAGAAAAUCAGGUUUGAUGACAGUACUUAAAAACUCAAAUCAUGUUGACUUCUUAAGAGUAAUAUCUGAAAUAAGCACGAAAUAUAAUAAGUUUAAAAGAGAUGAUUCAGGGGCAUAUAAAGAUGUUGACAUUGUUGUCUCAACACUUGUCAAUCAUUAUCAUGGACAAUUACUUCCAAAAAACAUUUGUUCCCCCAACAGCACACAAUUUUCAUUGGUACAUAUAGCUGCAAUGCAUGGUCUUACAUUAACCCUUUCAAACAUUUCAACUUAUUUUGGGGUUCAAGAAUUACUAUGUCCAAAUUAUCAUUCUGUAACCCCACUCUUUUUGGCUCAGUUAUUGAAUCAGAAGGCAGCUGCGCAUAUGCUAUCAAGUUCAGGGUCUCUACGCAACAUUAAACCAGAUGUGUUACUAAAGAUGACAUAUGCCCCUAAAGAUUAUGCUAUGCAGCACAGUCUAUGUUAG